AUGGCAAAGGGCAAAGCGGCCGAAACCAAGAAGGGAGGCGACAAGAAGGGAGGCGACAAGAAGGGAGGCGACAAGAAGGGUGGCGACAAGAAGGGCGGCAGCGAUGCCAAGAAGGGCGAUGUCAAAGGCGCCCAGCAAAUCAAUGUCCGGCACAUCUUGUGCGAGAAACACGCCAAGAAGGAAGAGGCCCUGGCCAAGAUCCGCAGCGAGGGCGCCAAGUUUGACGACGUGGCCCGCACGUUUUCCGAGGACAAGGCGCGACAGGGCGGCACCCUCGGCUGGAAGGUCCGCGGCAGCCUGGACCCAGCUUUUGAGGAGGUGGCCUUUGCGCUGCCGGCGAGCACGACGGUCUCACCGGUUGUGGGCGAGGCCAAGACGUCUUUUGGAUAUCACAUCAUCAUGGUGGAGGGGCGCAAGUGA